AUGGCCUGGACCGGACACCCGGAGUUUGGUGCUCGGAUCGUGCAGGGGGAAGGGGGUGAGGAGGAGGAGGAUGAGGUGGAGAGAUUGCGACAGAAAUGGGGGAGGGGGAUGAGGGGAAGAGGGCCGCGAACGGGCCAAUGGGAAGCUGACAAGUGGCAGCGGUGGAGGAGGCAUCGGGAGAGGGUGGAGAGGAUGAGGAUGAGGGAGGAGGCGUUGGAGAGAGCGAGAGAGAGAGUGAGGGAGCGAGUGAGGGAGUUGGAGAGGGAGAGGGAGAGGAGGAGGGCGGAAGGGUUGAGGAGGGCGUGGGAGGAGGCGAUGAAAGGGGAAGGAGGUGGAGGGGGAGGCAACAGAAGAGGGAACGGAGAACGGAGGGGUGCGGAACGGUUCAGUAGUCGCAGUGGCUACAAUCCCCGUAAUGCCUAUUUCAGUGAGUCUUCCUAUGGGGGAGGCGGUGAUAGUGGUGGCUUGGACGAGAAUGCGGAUUAUGACGAGGGGAAUGAGGAGGAGGAGAGGGAGUACCAGGAAUGGCUGAGAGAGAGGAUUCGCAUGCGACGGGCCCAGGAUGAGGCGGAAGAGAGGAGGACAGGGAGGAGGUUCGGGCAUGGGUACGGGUAUGAGUAUGGGCACGAGCAUGGGUCUGGGUCUGGGUCUGGGUCUGCUUACAGAGACGGGAGCGGUUAUUAUGAGCAAGCGUAUGGUUACACAGGAGGGAACUAUGACGGGCGGGCAGAGGCGGAAAGGAAGAUGAGGCGGGCUCUGCUGGUGUGGCACCCGGAUAAGUUCCGCGCGCACUGCGGGCCGCACUUAGCUAAGAGCGAGCGCGCAAGGAUUGAGGCUGCGGCUGCGGCGGUGGCUGCAGGGGUGAUGCGGCAGCACGCGCAGCAGAAGAGGGCUUGA